AUGAUGACCGCUGAGGAUUUCGACCGCGGGCUCGGAACGAAACGAUUCAUUAUGCAACCGGGACAACUUCCAGUGCGCCGCGUCGGAUUACAUUACGCGCUAACCUCUGUCCUAUUCGCGACCAGCCAGUGCGGGCCCGUCGAUAUAUCCACAGGGUUGCCACUACAUUUCUCAUUAAACGUGUACAAGCAAGUCGUCGCGCGCAAUCCAUCAUUAGGAGCGGGCGAACGCGGACAGCCCUAUAAUUUCCCCUCCCCUCCGCCCUGCCCUCCCCCGUCGCCCGCGCAGGAG